AUGGCGAAUUUAUUUGAUGUCAACUUGGUGUGUCUCGAUGGAGGAGAUCACUUCAUGGACGGAAAUGGGGAUAGACUAACGAGGGACGCUGAAGGCGUGCAGGAGCUUACUACUGCUGACUUCAUCCGAACGCCAGUGUCUGCGAACGAUCAAAUAGAUAUUGCUGAGAUGGGUGGCGUGAUAGAUUUUGAUUUGGAUGACGACAAUAAUAGCGACGAGAACAAUAGCGAGGAGGAUGAAGCGCGGGGUGGCAUUUCUGACAAUGACGACAGUGAUGACACUGCGCCUGCUGUCGAAGAAACACCAAAACAUGACUUCGCAUAUCGCAGUCAGAUCAUGGAACCCCUUGCGAAGCCCACGGGGUAUAAUACUUCUAUAGGGUAUAAUACUUCUAUAGGGCCUGUAUGUACAGACGUCAACUCAAAUACCCUCUCAAGCUCCCCAUUGAUUAGAUCUAUACCUGGGAUUCCGCAGCACCUUCCUGCCACACCGAAAAGAGCGUGGCACGUUGAGAUGCUUGAAAGCAUCAUAGGCCCACCACGGUACCGGUAUCCGACUACUACUGUACCACCUGCCAGCGGAAGCGCCAUGACCUACGAAGAAGCACUAAGCCGAAGGCCUACAAGAAGGCAUACGCGGCGUCCAUCAUAA